GAAAAAGUGCUUACUGGCGAAAAAGUACUGACUCUACCCUAAUUCAAAAAAAAAAACAUAAUUUCUCGUAGUAAUUGCGUUGCAAAUGUAGGAAAAUUCCCAUAAAGAUGAGCUUUUGACAUCAACUUUUAAACCUGACAGCGCGGGGCUUUUUUUAAAUGGCAUGUGUUGGCAGCACAUUUUCGAAUUCUUUAUUCUCUGCGCUGCGCCAUAUUGUCUUUCUUUUAUGACUGGUGUCUAAGCAAAAGACUCAUCAUGCAACUUUAUAUCCGUGGCGAGAAGACUCACGUCCUCGAUGUUGAGAUUAAAAAUACCAUCGGCGAAAUCAAGGCCAAAUUAGCUAUUCUCGCUAAUGAUGAGAGUGGCAACAUCUGUUUGUCAUGCGAAGGAAGUCCUUUGAGUAACGACGCUCUUGUGUCUUCACUUACAUCCUGUGAGCUGGACUUGAACUUAGCACUUCUUGGUGGUAAGGUUCACGGUUCUCUGGCUCGUGCUGGAAAGGUCAAGGGACAAACUCCAAAGGUGGAUAAGCAGGAGAAGAAAAAGAAGAAAACUGGAAGAGCCAAGAGGAGGAUUCAAUAUAAUCGUCGUUUUGUAAAUGUGGUUCAAUCCUUCGGACGUCGCAGAGGACCUAACGCGAAGUCUUAAUUUGAGAAUGGCUUGAAUUAUGUCUUUGCUGAAUAUAAUGAUCUAUAUAUUCCUCUGAAA